CCCCCCCUUUUUUUUAGAGAUUCGGUAUAUUUAUAAGAUGUGAAUUUUGAACUAGGAGUGUAUAUCUAAAAUGAGCAUCUGGUCUGGUGGUAUCGUACUGGAUGGACAAUCUCAACUUCGAGGCCUGCAACUAAUUGACAGAUCCUCGAAUUGGCACUCUGAUAUACCAAGGGACUCAAUACUAAGUCUUCGUUGCUUUGUGAACCCAGCUUUAAUACCAUUAUAUGCCCGCGUUGGCCCAAACCUCGAAUUGCAUACAAAUAAUACGGAAACAUCGCAAUGGCUCAAAACCAAAUUACUUGGGGGGGUUUGGCUCGAAGAGGAGGACAUGGAUACGAUUCAGACAGUUCAGUGCCCGGUCAGCCUUCUUGUGAGUGUCGAUAGCACGAUACGAACAAAGACAGGAUCAACCACCACAGACAUAAUAGUGUACGGCGCCCUGUCGAGCGCAACGUCACUCAAACGUCCUCCGACUCCUCCCGUGUCCUCUUCGGCAAGCUCUGAUGAAACUGCUCUGCGAGCUAUCAGACAAGAACUGAGAAUAUAUGCCAUCCCCAUCUCCUCAUCCCUUAUCAACAGAACGCGUGCACUCCCAACAUCGCAAAAUACGAGUGAACUUCUUGGACAUGAAACACUUGGAGAAUUCCUUCCAGACAUUCGUUCUCCGAGCCCCAAGCGUAAGCGGGUGGCGACAUUGUUUGAAUCGGUUACACAACAUCAUAAGAGGGUGUGUCAGAAGGGAGGGGAGGGUGUGUCUCAGUUGAUGGCGCACUCGCAAUUCCAGUCAUCACACCAGUCACAGACUCUCCGCAUCAAGCGGGAGUCUGAGGAACCCAGUCUUCCCUUAUUAGACCGGAUUGCAUCACAACGCUCAAGAUCUCUCUCCGUUGGGGCGAACCUGCACCCUAGCAAACCUUCCGAGUUUCGUACGGAGCCUCCUAGGCCCGGCAGUAAUCGGGGGCAUCCGCGUGAGUUAAUCAAGAGGAAUACGCCCAAUCCCUUCAUCGAAUCCUCUUUACGAAAAGAGAGAGAACCUUCACCGGCGUUGCCAUCAUCUGAUGGAAGGCUUGAGCUUUCAUCUGCGCCCAAGGAUGCCGAAGACGUCAUUCUCGAAAACAAGAACACAAUCUCUCGUACGAUAUUAACGUGCAUGCGGCUAUAUGGCUUCAACCGCUCGACGCGGUCUGGGUCUUCGGGCAAGAACCCGAAUAGUCACGAUACGCUUCCCUCCCAAAAUGAAGAAAAGGAUCAUCGCAUUGCUGCUGCUGCUGCUGCUGCCGCACCUCUGGCCACGCCAACCCCAAGCACGGAUGAAGAUGAGUUUAAGGCGAUGUAUCAUGCGACUUAUCGUGCAUCCACCUUCGCUCUACGGAAGUAUCUGAAAGAAACGUCUGUCAGUCAAGGCAGCUCGAAAUAUUUGCCGCCUUUGCUGGAAAAAGGAAAGGCAAUGACGUAUAUUGAUGAGUUCUUGAGAUUAUUCUGUGAGGAAAACUGAGCCUGUCUGGUACGGCUGAACGAGACAUGACGUUACGAUGUAUAUAAUCCUAUCCACCUAGACAAACAGCAAUAUGAGUAAUUAAGAGAGCUGUUGGUCAUCAGAUACUGCAUUGCCUCCGCAUUCAAGCAAC